CAACAUUCCCAGACUCAAUUACAAACGUUGUCGCUGUCGAAGGAACAUCGAACUGAGUUCUGUUUUCAAGAUCUUGUGUCUUUCUCGCAUAAUCAUUUCGUCCACAUCGCAAAGAACAGAACAAGUUUCCGUCCAAGGAAAAAAUUUGUCCGUUUUUGACUGCAGUUGCUUCCCAGUAGCAGACGGUCUCUCGAGAAUCCAGCGCUCUAGCAUUGUUUUUGACUCUCUUCCAGAGAAAACACACCAAAAUGUCAUUGACCGAGUCGAAACCUGACGCCGCGGCGAAAGCUGCCUCUCUUUCGGCACGCAGCCUUGCGGUCCUCUCCGUUGCAGCUCGAAAUGAUGCACUAACGGUCAUGCAUGACGCUCUACUUGCCAACAAAGAACCAAUCCUCGCUGCCAACGCACGUGACAUGGCUCGAGCUACGUCUGCAUCGGAGUCUGGCCAUCUCUCACAAGCAGUAUUAAAACGUCUCGAUCUGUCCAGACCCGGAAAAUAUGAUGACAUGCUGCAGGGCAUUCUGGAUGUCCGGGGUCUCGACGACCCUGUUGGCAAAUGCGAUUUGCGUACACUGCUUGAUGAUGGACUGGAGCUGGAGCGGGUCUCCUGUCCCAUUGGGGUGCUACUUAUCAUCUUCGAAGCGCGGCCAGAAGUCAUCGCCAAUAUUGCAGCGUUGGCCAUUAAGUCGGGCAACGCGGCGAUCCUGAAGGGUGGGAAGGAGUCUUCUGAUUCUUUCGAGACUAUUGCCAAGGUCAUUGGUUCUGCGUUGGAGAAGACACAGGUGCCCAACGCGGCUAUUCAACUCGUCAAAACUCGGGAUGUUAUCGAUCAGCUGCUGGGACUGGACCAGUAUAUUGACCUCGUCAUCCCUCGCGGCGGAAACGAACUUGUUCGAUACGUCAAGGAGCACACCAAGAUUCCAGUGUUGGGUCAUGCGGAUGGAUUGUGCAGCGUUUAUUUGCACAGGGAUGCUGACAAGGACACUGCAGUCCGUGUGGUGGUAGACUCCAAGUGCGAUUACCCAGCGGCGUGCAAUGCCGCAGAGACAUUACUGGUGCAUGAAGCAGCAUUAACAACUAUUCUGCCGGCCGUGGCUGAAGCACUGUUUGCAAAAGGCGUCUCUCUGCGGUGUGAUGAGAAGAGUAUGGAAGCUUUGAAGAAGGCACUCUCUCCAACUAGUGCAGCAUUGGUGCAGGGCUCUACUGACAAAGACUACGAUACGGAAUUCCUAGAUCUGAUCAUGGCUGUAAAGACCGUGCCUGGUACAACAGUAGACUCUACUGACGACGCUUCUCUGGAUAUGGCUGUCGCACAUAUCAACACACAUGGCUCGAAGCAUACCGACUGCAUUGUAACAAGCUCAGACGAGUCAGCAGAAAAGUUCAUGUCUUCAAUUGACGCGGCUGGUGUCUACUGGAAUGCAUCUACACGAUUUGCGGAUGGCAUGAGAUACGGCUUUGGCACCGAAGUUGGCAUCAGCACGAACAAAAUCCACUCGAGAGGACCGGUCGGCCUCGAAGGGCUGACGAUCUACAAGUACAAGCUCAGAGGUCAUGGACAGACUGCUGGUGAAUAUGGAGAAGGGAGUGGCAAAAGACGGUACAAGCAUCAAAACUUGGCCAUCUGAAGACGGACAUGUCUGUGCAAAUUUGGGCUUGAUUAAGGUCAAAUAUAGAGCCGCCGCGGCCGAUUUCAACCUUCAAAGACGAACGGAGCCUGCUUUGUGGGAUGUGGAAUCCACGGUCGAACGAUAACGCCUCACAACUAUGAUCAACCCUGUUGGCAGAAUGAUGUUCUUAUCCUUCAAGUCCGUGGUGGGCUACUUCCCAGUGCUGCCCCGGGAAAAUAAUGGUCUCGGCUGGCUUACAACCUUUGAGAUUCCAGCCGCGCAAAUUAAUCCAACCUCGUCCAUGCC